AUGUUCUACUAUCCGACAAUUCUUGUCAAGUAUGAGGAUGCUGACUUGGGUACGUUUAUCUGGGUGGGGAUUGAGGAAAUUGAACAGUUUAAUACAACCCUUGCACAAGGCUUGUGGGAAGGCAAGCAACUUCAAUAUAAGAAGUGGAAGCCAUGGAGAUAUUGA